GCGUGCUGUUGCAGCCCCUAGACAUUGCCACAGACACAACGUUCCUGACCGCGGGAUCGGAUUGGUUCUUCUCACUGUUCCCAGAGGAAAAGAAAGCCGACACGGACACGGCUACCAUGGUGAUCCCAUCCUCGAACAACCAGCUCGACGACUAUGACCAACAAGCACUGAAGACGGCGGUGGACGCUGGUGUGCCGUUGUAUGUCAAUCUGUUGGAACUACAUCCCAUCAGUGUCCAUCUCAGCUUCACAAUGGGGUUGGAUGAAGCAGACCACG